UCCCCUUCCCCACUCUGGGGGGUACCGCCCCUCUUUCCCCCCUUUUGGGGCUAUGUCGUUGGGGGGCCUCUGUGGAAUGGUACAGGGAAGGGAUUUGGGGGGCAUUUUUAUGGGUUUUUUUGGGUCCACCGCAGGCCCCUCAAAUGAUCCCAGGGACACCCACCCCCAGCCUCCCUAAAGCAGCAGCGCCUUCACCUCCCGCUGCCGCUCCAUGGCAGCGGGUUCAUAAUCCAGAGGGAUCCGGGAGGAGUUUGGGAGGUCCUGGGGGUCUCGAGGGGCUCCGAGAGGCCCCCGGUCCUAGCUCAGAGCGAACCUCGCGUCGCGCUUCAGCCAAUGGGAAGGGAGGGAUUGGUGAUGGACAGCAAAACAAGCCAAUGGAAGGGCGUCUGUCGCAAAAGGGCCGCCCACACCGCUCUCCUACAGAUGGGAAGUGAGAAGAACGAUGACAGACAGCAAUAGGAGCCAGUUGAAAGGCGAAGACCCGCCCCCGGGGCCCCCUGGAUUCAUGGAUUCCCUGCUCUUCCUCUCUGCCCGCCGGCUCGUCGCCCACCGCCCCCUUCCCACUGUCCCCGCCCAGCUCUAUCCCGUCCUCUUCCAAGCUGCGUUCCUGGAUGGGAGACCUCUAGUCCUGCAGGAUUUGGUGGCCCAGUGGCCAUUCCCAGUCCUCAACUUCCAGGGGAUCGUGGGGCACCGGGAGCUGCUCCGGGAUCAUCCCUCCAAGCUCUGCAUCCAGUCCGUCAUCCUGGCCGUGGUGGACCAGCUCCGGCAGGAUCUGGAGGAAGCAGGCCAUGAUUCCAGCCGGUGCCAUCUCCGUGUGCUGGAUGUGACGGGACUCCGGGAUGAUGCCGCUGGCCGUGCUCCGGAAGGGAUGAGUGUCUGGUCUGGCACCGUGGCCCUGGCCAAGGCUUGUGUGGAGGUCUCCAAACACCAGCGGGAACUCCAGAAAUGCAGAUCCAGGAGCCACAAGGGCCGUUCCGGCGCCACGGCAACUCCACGAUUCAUCGACAUCCACGCCGAUCUCUUCGUCAAUGGAACAUCCUAUGGAAUCCUGUGGGAUGCACUCCAGGCCGGGAACACCAGCCCACUGCGCCUCAAGUGCCGGGAGUUCCAAGCCGAGGAGCUCUGCCUGGCUGGAAUUGUGAGUCUGCUGAAAUCCUUGGAUCCCUCUGGCGUAAGGAGGGUGGACCUUCGCUUCAACAACCUUGGACUGGGGGGUCUCUCCUUGGUUUUGCCACAUCUCUCCCGAUUCCUGGGUCUUCGAAGCCUCCGACUUCCCUACAGCAAUGUUGACGUGCGGCGGCCAACGCCGGAGUCGGUGCUGGGAAUCCGGUGUCUGGCCAGGGAGCUGGGAAAGCUGCAGAGCCUCAGGGAGCUCAACCUGGGAUCCUCCAGGCUCUCCGGGAAUUUGAGGCACAUUCUCUGCAAACUCGAGGCUCCAUUGGAAAGCUUGGAACUGGCCUUCUGCUCCCUCCUUCCCGCUGACUUCGCCUUCCUCUCCCAAAGCUUCCAUGCUCCGGCCCUGAAAAGGCUGGAUCUGAGCGGCCAUGAUUUCUCCCAAACUCUUCUCCAACCCCUUCAGCAUCUCCUGGAGGAAACCUCGGCUUCCCUGCUCCACCUGGACCUCAUGGAAUGCCGGCUGACAGACUCACACCUGGAUGCCCUGCUGGUGUCACUCCGGCACUGCUCCUGCCUCCGCUCCCUCGGACUCUUUGGGAAUUCCUUCUCCACAGCAGGGCUCAAGGAUUUGUUAUGGAAAACUGUGGUCCUGCCAGAUCUCCGCCUGGUCGUGUAUCCUAUCCCUGUGGAUUGCUACAAGUCAGGGCUGGAUCCUGGCUGGAUUUUGGAGGAGCAGCUGGACAGGGAAUGUUUGGGAGCAGUGAGCGCAGAGCUGGGCCGGAUGCUGGAGAGCUUUGGAAGAGCCGACAUUGUCUGGACUUCCAACCCCUAUGGACACGAAGCCCUGGAUUACUUCUGCUUGUAGCUGGGGAAGAGCUUGGAGCCUUCAGCCUGGAGAAGUGCUGUGGCCUCAGUGCCUCCUUCCUCAAAGAAUUUGUGUGUAUUCCACCUCAUUUCAGUGUUUUUCACCUUAUCCCAGUGUUUUUCAACGUAAUUUUGGCAGUUUACCGCCUCAUCUCACUGUUUCUCUACCUCAUCCUGGUGUUUUCUGCCUCAUCCCGGUGUUUUUCCUCUAAACCCAUUGUCUUUCCACCUCAUCCUAGUGUUUUUCCACCUCGUUUUGGUGUUUUUCUGCUUUAUCCUGCUGCUUUUCCCCAUCACAGUGUUUUUUUCUGCCUUAUCCCAGUGUCUUUCUCCUUCUCCUAGUGUUUUUCCACUUCAUCCUAGUGCUUCUCCACCUCAUUUUGGUGGUUUUCCACCUCAUUGUGGUCUUUUCCCACCUCAUCCUGGUGUUCUUCCACCUCAUCCAAGUGGGUUUUUGCCACGGCCCGAUGGAGAAAGGAAUAGGGACGCAACACUGCACAGAGGGUUCUGACAAGAUGGAAGGUCAGGGUGCAAUGGCCACUUUAUUGAGGGGGAACAAGGACUUAUAAUAGGGUUCGAGUGAGGGGAGGUCUGAUAACCAGGGCAGAGCAUGGGAUGGACAUCUCAGGGUAUUGCAGGACUGGGGAAUGAGGGAAAGUGGGAGGAACUUAGGAGGAGUUAAGCAGCGGGGACCAAUGGGAGCUCACUCCGCACUGCAGCACUUAUCGGCCAGUCAGUGGGGGAUGAGCAGGAAAGCAGGGGAGAACAAGGUGGUAAACAACUUUUGAUGGGAAAACUUGUGGACAAGUACAGACAUGUUUGGGGCAAUACAAUCUAAGGGGAUUAAUACAGAGUUAUAUAUGUAAGGGUACAUAAAACAUGGGACGAACUGGGAAGUAACACAAAAGUCCAUAAUUUAUCAUCUUCUCUAAGCUCCAUAUAAGUCUCUCCAGACUUAGAACCGUUCCCACUCACUCUGAUGUUCCUCCACAGGUUUUGACCUCAUUUUGGUGUUUUUCCUGUUAUCCCAGUGGUUUUUUGCCUCAUCCCAAUGGUUUUCCACCUCAUCCCAGUGUUUUCCAGUAACUUUUGUUACCACCUUGUCACCAGCCGUAGCUGGGACAGACCUGAUGUCACUGGAAACCCCCCGAACUCUGCUGAUUAACACUGGAUAUUAAUUAAUUAAUAAUUGAUAAAUCAGCAUCACUUGGCUGGUGAUGAAAUUCCUGCCA